CCAUUGCCCGCGCCUCCUCUCCCCAGUCGCCUUCUGUCUUGAAUGUCCUUUGACCGUUCUCUCUGCACCUUCCUCUACUUGCAAUUAGUGUUUCUUAUCCGAUCGGAUUUCGGAUUACUGACAUAAAAAAUGGUUGUACUUGCUACUUGUCAUUAGCUCAAUAGUAUAAUGAGUCGUCCUAAGUAUCUUGGAAACUCGAAAUAUCUCCCAUCAACCGUGGACACCAGAAGUUACUUUCUCGAGACGGCGGUUGCGGAUUGGGAUCUAGCGGAUUUUCUCCUCUCGGGUCAGAAGAAGGAUGUCUUUCCUAAAGGACUUGAAGGGCUUGUUGAUUUCAAAGCUGCCAGCAGAGAGGUACGGGCGUUCGCUAGAGCGCUUGCGAUGUUUUAUUCUGUAGAACAAAACAUCGUUGUUGCCACGAACCAUGCUGAGGAAUUACUCAACCGACGAGCUCUAAAAGGUUUCGAGCAUCGUGUCGUUCAGAAUGACCUUCAGGCUAGUCUUAUAAAUGUUUUGAGGAGGAAGCAGGCUGGUGAUGAAGACGCCUCUCAACCUGAUGCGCUAGAUGCUGGAUCAAGGGUGAAACACGAUCAACUAGCCACGACGUCGCCCUUAACUUCAUCGUCAUCAAGCGCAACAGCCACUAACUCCUCACCGACACAAGACGUGCUGCUUGAUGGUGAACCAGAAGAGACAUCAAUACCAACGGAGAGGUCCAUGAGAUUCGAGGGAUCGUGGGGCCAACCUACAAUGGGCGACCAAGGUCAUGAGAACGAGGGAGAUUUACCAGCAGAACUCGCCUUGGUGGCGAGCUGCACCCCUUUCGCUCACCUAGUCACGAUGCUUUACGAAAAGAUACGUGGCAUCGUCUAUAUUCUUCUCUUUCGCUAGGCCCGCCCAGCCGCUAACCUCCUGUCUCCUGUGGCGCCAACCUCUAAUAAUCUGAUACUCUCGCCCUAUCCCUGCAUUUUAUCCUUAAGCAUGGCCACACUCUCGCUCGAAUCGAUAGUCCCGUGCUUUUCCCGACACAUACCACGAAUGAUCUCUAUAACUUUGCUAAAAAUGUUGUGGACAAUUGGCAUGCCUGUAGCAAGAUCGAACAAAAGAAUUGUCUCGUUGCUCUGAGCGGUAUCGUCAAUACCUUGGACCCAGAAAUACAACU